AAGAACAAGAAGCAUUUCAAAGCAAAUAAACAAACAAUAAACAAAGCAAAAUGGCAAAGGCCGUCGCUCUCGUCUCCGCCCUUUGCAUCCUCGCCGUCUCCGUCGUCGUCGUCCACGCCCACAAAGAAAAGUUUUAUGUCGAGGGCGACGUUUACUGUGACCCUUGCCGCGUCCAGUUUGAGACCGAACUUUCAUAUCAUAUUGCUGGAGCGAUGGUGCGAGUGGAAUGCAGGGACAUAGAGACGAAGAAGAUCACAUUCUCGAUGGAAGGAGUGACCGGGAGCGAUGGGCACUACAGCAUAAUGGUGACGGGGGAUCACGAGAAGGACAUCUGCGAGGUGAUCCCGACGAGGAGCCCCAAGAACGAGUGCAGCGAGCCCAUGGGCGACUACGAGAGGGCCAAGGUCGAGUGCACUGAGAAUAGCGGUCUCCACAACACCAUCCGCUACGCCAAUCCCGUUGGCUUCAUGACCCCUAAGGUCCUGCCCGAGUGCGCCCCAAUUCUCGCCGACUUGGCUACUUUCAAUGAAGAUUCCAAUUAAAUUCAUGGGUUUUUUGUUCUUGCACUUUUGUAACACUCUUCAUAUUUUGGUGUGUUGGUUGAUUCGGUGUUGUUGAUACUGCAUCACUGAAUCCAUUCCAAUUACAUUGUAACUUAUCGUUGGUAUAUUGUUAUUAAUAAUCAAUACUAAAUAUUUGUGAUUAAUUUGAA